AUGGCGCAUGGACGUGUGAGGUUUGAUGAGGCGGAAGUGGAGGGGGUGGAAUGGUGGCCGGUGGAAAGAUUGGUGAAGAGGUCAAAGGAGAAGCCAGAGUUGUUCACGCGGUGGUUGGUGAUUGAGCUCGACAAUAUUGAUUUAGUAGAAUUGGGAAAGCGCAUUGUGGGGAUUAUGUAG